AUGGCUAAUAUUAACUACCACGGAAUCAACAUUCAUGAAGACAUUGAGCGUCCUUUGAACGCUGUGAUGUCUAAGGAUCUUAGCACCGCGGUGAAGAUUGAGUUCCAUCUCACUGGUGAUGAUUCCUUGUAUGUGAUGUGGUUUGAAGGAGGUGAUGAGGUCUGUGAAGAGUACGUCAACGAAUUUGACAACCACUGGCUACGCGGGCAAUUCAUCAUGGCUUUGACGGCUUUGUCUGAGCUUCCUUUCAAGGUUAUUAACUACGACGUCGCGGGAGAAGAUGACGCCAAUGUCGAUGACGCCGGUGCCGAUGGUACUGAUGAUGAUACGAUCGAUGAUACGAUCGAUUUCCCUUCUGAUGCCGAUGGUACGAUUAAUUUGGAUGAUGCGUAG